UGAUUAAUUGUUUUAAACUUUCGAAUACAUUGUAGUGUAAGUUGAUCACAUAUGAUCUCAAACAUUCUCCGUAGCUUUGGACAUGAUAUGUUAUUUCAUACAGGCGUUGUCUAUUAAAGAAGAUGGGCAAGGCGAAAUCAAUGUGAUUAUUGCCAUUUAAACUUGCAAUUUAUCUCAGUAUACUUAAAGCCCUGGAUAAUAUGUAUUCACGUUGAUGUAGAAUGAAUAAAUAUUCAGUGGAUGUAAGGAAUAAAUUAAAUAAUAUCAGAAAUAAGGAACACGUAAACAAAUUGGAAACAUGGAUGACUCAACAACUUCUUACAAUGACGUUCAUUCACACAUUGGCGUUUACAACGUUACGUCAAACAUGAAUGAUAGCCAUGGGACACAUGUAUACUAUGACGAAAACUAUGAUGAAUCUUAUGACGGAUAUUACGAAUACGUUUAUGACGAUCAUCUUUAUGAAAUAUUCAAUUUUGAACUUCCAAUUUAUGGAUAUAUUUGGCCAGUUCUUGUUUUAUUCACAACGUGCUGCAACUUCAUUGUGAUUGGUGGAUUUUUGCGCAAACGCAUGCGCAAUGCGACCAAUUUGAUUUUGGUUUUCAUAGCUCUUUCAGAUUCGCUUACAGGACUUGUGACGUUGCCGGCAACGUUUCAUAUUUUCACGAAUAAAAAUUUUGCCCUCACAAAGGACUGGUGCAAUGUUGCUAUGAUAACUCGUCUAUAUAUUUCGCGUGCUUUUCAUACCAUAUCUGUUUGGGAAACACUGCUCCUAGCUUUUCAUAGAUUUCUGCAAAUUCGUCAUCCAAAUCUUGGUAAGAAAGUGUGCACAAUGCCUAAGACAUUAUUUGUUAUUUUAGUAAUAUACCUUGCAUCGUUUGGCUUACAUAUAUUCCAUGCAUUUGAUAUAAAAGCCGAGGAAGGAUUCUGUCAAUGGAGUAUUAGGGAACCAUGUGGAUGGGCGUGUGUUUACAUGUGGCUUACUUUACUUCUGAGCCACAUUCUUCCGUCACUUGCAAUAGUUGGAUUGGCCGUGAUUUUGAUUACAACCCUGAAUACAUUCAAACGUGAGUCAUUUGUGACUAAUCGUUCAGGACGACGAAAACAGACGCAAAGGAACGUAACUAUAGUCGUGAUUCUGAUUGUCGUAAUAUUCCUUGUGCCAGAACUGCCUUACGGCAUAUUUUACUUGAUCACCGUCAGUCUAAAUCACUCGGGAAAACGGAUAUUCCCGCUACGCACCAACAGGCUUAUCCACUGUAUUUAUGAACUUUUUCUUAUUGUUAGUUUUCAUCUGAACUUUUGGGUUUACUGCAUUAUGAUUCGGAGUUUUCGUUCGUGUAUCAAAAGUUUGUUACGUCUAGUGACCUGUCGACCCGCGAACUUCGAACGACUAGAAGGGGAAGUGACGUCAUCGAGUGGCGGAGGUCUAGAAUUAGCUGGAAUGACUACUGAAACAGACUCGAAUCAGAACUAAUUUCUUAAGUCGCCCCAGUAAAAUAUUUCAUAAACUAUGUAGUAAUUACAAUGUAAAUAUUUUACUAAGUUUAAACAGAAAAGUGCCAAAAUAAGCUGUUUUCGUGGUUUUCCUAAGAGGUAAAUCAUCUAAUUAAUCACAGUAAUAUUCAUAUUCAUUUUAUGGGGUUUUAAUGACUUUAUAAUGAGCUUCGGAUCUGAGCAUUAUUUGCUUCGAAUAUUCAUUUUGUGAUUUUAUCAAUAUUUCUGAAGUAUAACCCAAAACUGUAUCGGUAUAAAAAAAGUGUUGUACAUAUUUUGAAUAUCAGAAGUUUAUGAUACAAAAAUAUUUUAGUUCACUUUUUUCAUCCUUUCAAAGUAAACGACCAAUGACCAUUUCUAUCCAGAGCCAGACAAGAGAGAGAAAUAGAAUCCAAAACGGCAAUAUUGAAAAUGUUGCAGUCUCGCUUUGAUUGAGUCUGUUUGUGGACGGUACUGGAGAGUGAAGGCUACUGUCCAUGCCCUCUAGCUUGCUUGGGCUUAAGCAGAAUUUAACAUUUAAACAUAACAAUAAAUUUUGGAAUUUAGAAACAUCCGCACAUGUGUUUAUACGGCGGUUAUCAUGGAACAUUCAAUGAGAAGCCUUAGUGCCAUUCUAUAAAAAGUGGCGUAUUGUCCUCAAGUACAGAAUGCAUGUGUCAUCAACAAGAAAACAGUGGGCAAAUCUAAGUAAUAUAUAGCUUAAUUUUUGAGGAUCAGAAGUUAUGAAGCCUGCAUAUCAAAGAUAUGCUGUCAAAAGACCAAUUCAAAAAACAGGGCAUAUCCUUGGGGCGAUAAUACAGUAUUUAAGUCAGGAAAUAGAAAAAAAAACAAAUAUAAAGAACUAAAAGUGCGACAAACAUAUCAAUAAUGUCAUGUUUAAAGAUAUUUAAGGAUCAUAAUACAUGUACAGCAUUUCUGAUUGUAUAUUCUUGACGACUUUUCUACGGCCUCUACACAGCACAAUCUAUGCUGAUAUGGCGAUAAAAAUAGAAAGAAUCUCUAAUGAAAGUCCAAAACGUCAAAGUUGAAAAUAUUCGGUUUGAGUGAUCGAAAGUCACUCUAACUUGUAAUCUGAUCUCACUAUUUAUAUUGUUGGCUGCUUUGAUGUCAAAGACCUUCAAAUAACAACAGACAGUUCGACUUAAAAGACUGACGAGUACAGUAUAAUAUACAAAUAACAAUAAUACACUACAAAUACAAAUUAGUUUUAAUUGAAAAGCAUUAACCAAAAAUAACCUAAAUGGUACAGAGCAAAAAUAACAUAAAAGAGAUAAUUGAAAAUUGAAAAUUGUAAUAGCAUAUUUAUACUGACACAAGUUUGGCAAUUAAAAUUGUUUCUUGUGUUGUUUGUAUUAUAAAUUCAUAAUGCAUGUAUUAGUUUAUCUC